UAGCAUCCGCCAUUUUUGUUUUACGUCGUCGUCUUUUGCACUCAUCUCCUCCAAACUUACGCGAUUUUUACGUAAUUACAGAAGCAGCAGAGACCGCUAACCACCAUAGACCUACAGAGAUGGCGGAGUUAACAUGUGUGCCACCUGUUGAAGACCUUCACGCAGAACAAACUGCGAACGAGACGCACAUCAAAGAGGAGCCUACAGGAGACACUGGAUGGGAACAGGAUGAACAAGAGAACGUGCUGUGCCAGGAAACGUACAGCGAAGACCACAAAACCCACAACUACCACAAUGAAACCAAACUAACUGGGUAUGCUCGGAGCGAGACUUACAACAGUUGGAAACAGACAACAGACACGGGACGGCAGCAGGACGAGAAAGAAGUCGUUCAGGACGACGAAACGUGCGGUGUAAAAGCAGAAAUUGAGUCCAGUUGUGGAUUUGUUAGUAUAAGAGAACAUCCUGGGAAGGACUUGGAACUUCAUGGAAACCUUAGGAAGAAGAGAGACAGAAGGGAGACCCAGACAACAGACAUGGGCCUGCAGCAGGAAACAUGUGAUGUGAACUUUCCCCAACCUGACAACAAACUACCCUCACAGGCACAGGAGACCAUAGGCAUUACUGGAAUACAUGUGGGUGAACACCGGUGGUUGGAUACCGGUGAGAAACCUUUCAUGUGUGGGGAGUGUGGGUACAGCACGGCCCAUGGGCCUAGUUUAUACCUACAUAUGCGAACCCACACAGCGGAGAAGCCCUACAAGAGUGACCAGUGCGACUAUUCUGCGGCACAGAAAUUGAAUAUGAACCAACACCAAGCAAAACACACUGGUGAGAAACCCGACAUGUGUGCGGAAUAUAGGUAUAUGACAGUGCACAAGUCCAACUUAACCCAACACAUGAGAACCCGUGCAAGGCAAAUCCCCUACAAGUGUGACCAGUGCGACUAUUCCGUACGACGGGAAUCGCAUUUAGUCCAACAUUUGAAAAAACACACCGGUGAGAAACACUACAUGUGUGGAGAGUGUGGGCACAGGACAGCUUACAAGUCCAGCUUAUCCCAACAUAUGAGAACACAUACAAGACAAAAAACCUACAAGUGUGACCAGUGUGACUAUUCUACAGCAGACAAAUCCGCUUUGGCCAGUCAUCAAACAAAGCACACUGGUGAGAAACCCUACAUGUGUGGGGAGUGUGGAUACAGGGCAGCUCGAAAGUUCCAUUUAAUCCUACAUAUGAGAACUCAUACAGGAGAGAAACCCUACAAGUGUGACCAGUGUGACUAUUCUGCUGCCCAAAAGUCAAAUUUGGACCAGCAUCUGUCAAAACACACCGGUGAAAAACCCUACAUGUGUGGUGAGUGUGGGUACAGGACAGCUCAUAAAUCUGCCUUGUCUCGACAUAUGAGAACCCAUGCAGGAGAAAAAUCCUACAAGUGUGCCGCACAGAAAUCUUCUUUGGAUCAACAUCUAUCAAUACACACAGAAAUAGAAGAUUCCAGUCUUGAACGUUUCGGUGGAGAACGGUGUGAUGAAGAUCCUGGGAAGGAGAUGGACAAAACUGGACAUCCUGGGAAGGAGACUGACCGCACCGAACACCCUGGGAAGGAGAGUGACAGCAGGCGGCAGGGCGAGGAAAGGGCCGUCCCAAAUGACGAGGAAACGUGCGAUAUUAAAGCAGAAAUGGAAGAGUCCAGCUGUGAGCUUUCUAUUGAUGAACUGUGUGCUGGGCAUCUUGGGAAAGGCAUGGACCAUUCUGGGAAGGAGACGGACUGUGUAGAAAUCCCUGGGAAGGAGAGCAUGGAGACCCAUACAACAGACAUGGACCUGCAGCAGGAAACGUCUAAUAUGAACUUUACCCAACCUGACAACACAUCAACCUCACAGGCACAGACGAGCAUAGGCAAUAUGGGAGGUACACUAUUUUUUGUACCUUGGUCACCUAUCCCAGUCCAGACUAUGAUUAUCCCUGUCCAGGGUAUGACUGUUGGGCAUCCUGGAAAGGGGAGUGCCAGCAGGGAGACCCAGACAACAGACCUGGACCUGCAACAGGAAACGUGUGAUGUGAACUUUCCCCAACCUGACAACACAUCAACCUCACACGUACAGGAAAGCAGAGGCAAUGUGGUCAAACACACCGGUGAGAAACCCUACAUGUGUGAGGUAUGUGGUUCCAGGACAGCUCGAAAAUGUAACUUAGCCCUACAUAAAAGAACCGAUACAGAACAAAUGUCUUACGAGGUUAAACAGCACGACUAUUCUGCGGCUCAAAAAGUGGUCCAGAAUGACUAUUCUGUGGGCCAUUUGGACAGUGCUCUGGUAGCCGAUCGCGAACACAGUGUUGACAAAACUUACAUGUGCGACAAGUGUGGGUACAGAACAGCUAAAAAGUGCCACUUUUCCAAACAUAUGACAACUCACACAAGAGAAAAGCCCUACAAGUGUGACCAGUGUGACUUUUCCGAUUCACGAAAAGGCGACUUAAACAGACACAUCAGGGCAAAACACCCCGAUAGAAAACCCUACCAGUGUGGGGAGUGUGGAUAUAGGGCGGCCAAAAAGUCCAACAUAUCCCGGCAUGAGAGAACACAUACUUACAAGUGUGAUGAGUGCGACUAUUCAGCAGCACUGAAAGACCAGUUGGACCAGCACGUCAUGAUGAAACACACUGGUGAGAAACCCUACAUGUGUGAGAACUGCGACUAUAGAACAGCCAACAAGUCUCACCUAGCCCUACAUGUGAGAAAACACUUCAAACCCUACAAAUGUGACCAGUGCGACUAUUGUGCUGCAAGGCAAGACGAGUUAGAUCGGCACGUCGUUACAAAACAUACAACGGAAAAGCCAUACAUGUGUGAAGAGUGCGGACAUAAGACGGCAUUUAGAUCUGCUCUUAUUCUACAUAAAAGAAAACACACUGGUGAAAAACCCUUCAUGUGUGAGGACUGCGGGUACAGAACGGCCGACAGGUCCCACUUAUCUCGACACAUCAGAAUCCACACAGGUGAAAAACCCUACAAGUGUGAUCAGUGUGACUAUUCUGCAGCAAACAAAGACCAUUUAGACGAACACGUCGUGAGAAAACACACCAGUGCGAGACCGUACAGGUGUGAGGAGUGCGGGUAUGGAACGACAACUAAGACCAUACUAGCCCGACACAUGAGAACCCACACAGGUGAAAAACCAUACGGCUGUGAUCUGUGCGACUAUUCUGCCGCAGAGAAAGCUUGUUUAGAACGGCACAUCAUGGUAAAACAUACCGGUGAGGAACCGUACAUGUGUGGUGAGUGCGGGCACAGGACAGCCGAUAGGUCCCAUCUAAGAAAACAUAUGAAAAAACAUUUUGAUGGGAAACCCUCUCAGACGUGAGAUACUGGCAUGAGGCACGCCGCAAGCCGGUGGAGGAAAUAGACUGGAUGUAAUGAUAUUGACCGGUCUUAAUUAUAAGCAGGAUUUGUUCUUUCUGUCAGGGACCAACCAUUAGUAAAGAGUGGAGACAGGAAUAGUUUCAGUAUCUAGGCAUAGCCCCCCCCCCAUUGUCAUUUGUGUUAAAAUCAACUGUUUUAUAUUUUG